AUGAAAGUCUUCCACACUUUUAUCUGUUUCCUCUUCAUCGCACUGCAGGAUGGAAACACUGGAUGUGUUGAUGUAGAAAAUGAACCCUUCAGAAGACUGGAAGGAGAAGACAUCACAGUCAGAUGUUCAUUUGCUUUCUCUGGAGACACAAAGUUCUUCUGUAGGGAAAAAUGUGAAGAAGGAAACAUUCUCAUUAAAACAACAAAGAACAACGAUCAGAGAGGCAGAUACAGCAUUAGAUAUGAAAGCAAAUCUUUUACAUCAGACGAUAUUCUGCAUGUGAGCAUCAAACAGCUGAAGAAGUCUGACUCUGGUUGGUACAGAUGUGCUUUGGGAAGAUCUUUGUUUCCAGAUUCAUCUGAGGAUUUUGAAAUUGUUGUCUCAGAAGUCUCCACGGCAACAACACCAACAGAAGAGAGUUUGAGCUCCACUUCAGGAACAUCUAAACCUCCAUCAGCCUCCUCUGAAGACACCAGGAAGCAAGACUCAUCUUCAGCCUUCACGGCAACAACACCAACAGAACAGAGUUUGAGCUCCACUUCAGGAACAUCUAAACCUCCAUCAUCCUCCACUGAAUCCUCCGAGCAGCUCGACUCAUCUCCACCACGUUCAGAUCAGCAGCUUUACAUGGGUCUGAUUCUGGUGGUCAAGAUCUUCAUUUUAUCGAUGCCUUUGAUGAUUUUCUGUAAGAAGAGAAGAUCCACCAAACCUAAAGGUGAAGCUGCAGAAACACACACAGCUUCCAUCACUUCAUCACUGAUCACUGACUCACAUUCAUCUCCUGGAAACUGACACAAAC